GAAGCUGGUUGGUGUAGGAGCUGAGUCUCAGUUGCACUUGCUCUAUAUAUGAGUGCCAAGUUCAUCCCCAGCAGGGAGAGACAGAGAAGCAGGCUGAUUGCUGGGAUUUUCUUGCUGUUGAAAAAUUCACCACGCACUCAGCAGAAAUUUUUCUCCUCUCUUGUACUCUGAAUGUUUUCCUAAACAUGAAGGCAAUAAGCUUAUUCAUCUUGAUGGGAUUUAUAGGAGAAUUUGAAAUAUUUUCAAGUGCCUCAUCUCCAAUCAAUUGCCAGUGGAAUUCCUAUGGCCCAUGGUCAGAAUGCAAUGGCUGCACCAAGACUCAGACUCGCAGGCGGUCAGUCGCUGUUUAUGGGCAGUAUGGGGGCCAUGCUUGUGUUGGAAGUGCUUUUGAAACACAGUCAUGUAAACCUGUACGUGGUUGUCCAAUAGAAGAAGGAUGUGGAGACCGUUUCAGAUGUUUUUCAGGUCAGUGCAUUAGCAAAUCUUUGGUUUGCAAUGGAGAUUCUGACUGUGAAGAAGAUAGUGCUGAUGAAGACAAAUGUGAGGACUUAGAAAGUAUUCUUUCCUGUGACAUCGACAAACCUCCUCCCAAUAUAGAACUUACUGGAAAUGGUUACAAUGCACUCACUGGCAAGUUCAGGAGCAGAGUCAUCAACACUAAAAGCUUUGGUGGUCAAUGCAGAAAGGUGUUUAGUGGGGAUGGAAAACACUUCUACAGACUGAGUGGAAAUAUCCUCUCCUACACAUUUCAGGUGAAAAUAAAUAAUGAUUUUAAUUAUGAAUUUUACAACAGUAGUUGGUCUUAUGUAAAGCAAACAUCGACAGAUUAUAGUUCAUCUAGAAGCAAAAGCUCCCUUUUUAGUUCUUCACACUCUUCUUCAAAGAGUCAUACUUCAAAUACCAAUGAAAUCCAUAAAACAAAGAGUUAUCAAUUGUUGGUUGUUCAGAACAAUGUUGAAGUGGCUCAGUUUAGGAAUAACAAUCCGGAACUUUUGCAACUUGCUGAGCCAUUCUGGAAGGAGCUCUCCUACCUUCCCUCUCUAUAUGACUAUAGUGCCUACCGAAGAUUAAUUGACCAGUAUGGGACACAUUAUCUGCAGUCUGGGUCCUUAGGAGGAGAAUACAAAGUUCUAUUUUAUCUGGACUCAGAAAAACUCAAACAACAUGGUCUCAGUUCAAUAGAUGAGCAGAAAUGUGAUUCUUCAAGUUUCGAUUUUUUUAUUGUUUCAUCCUCAAGCCAAUCAUGUGGGGAUCUGAAAGAUGCCUUAAAAUCCACUUCAGGAACUCAGAACAAUGUGUUGCGAGGACACCCUUUUGUCAGUGGGGGACGUGCAGACUUAGUGUCUGGUCUGAGUUACUUGGAUUUGAACAAUCCUGCUGGAAACAGACAGCGAUAUUCUUCGUGGGCAAGAUCUGUGACUGAUCUUCCUCAAGUCAUAAAACAAAAACUGGCACCUUUGUAUGAGCUAGUAAAGGAGGUGCCCUGUGCCUCCGUGAAAAGGCUGUACCUAAAACGGGCUCUUGAGGAGUAUUUGGAUGAAUAUGAUCCGUGCCACUGCCAACCUUGUCAAAAUGGUGGCAUGGUCAUCGUUGAGGGGACCCAGUGCCAGUGCCAUUGUAAGCCAUACACAUUUGGGGUGGCCUGUGAAAAAGGAGUCCUUGUGGGGGAUCAAGCAGGUGGGGUCGAUGGAGGCUGGACUUGCUGGUCUUCUUGGGGCCCCUGUGUUCAAGGGAAGAAAAUGAGGACCCGAGAAUGCAAUAACCCGCCUCCUAGUAGGGGCGGGAAGUCAUGCAUUGGAGAAAGAUCAGAAAACAGGCCCUGUGAUGAUGAAGAGCUGGAGCAUUUCCGAUUGCUUGAACCACAUUGUUUUCCUUUGACUUUGGUCCCAACAGAAUUCUGUCCAACACCUCCUGCUUUAAAGGAUGGAUUUGUCCAAGAUGAAGGUGACAUGUUUCCUGUUGGGAAAAACAUAAUAUAUACUUGCAAUGAAGGAUACUAUCUUGUUGGAGACCCUGUUGCUAGAUGUGGAAAUGAUUUACAGUGGCUUGUUGGGGAGAUGCACUGUCAGAAAAUUGCCUGUGUGCUACCGGCACUGAUGGAUGGCCUGCAGGGUCAUCCCCACAAGCCUUUAUACACAGUUGGCGAGACGGUGACAUUGUCUUGUUCAGGUGGCAUGUCCUUAGACGGUCCUGCGACAUUUCUCUGUGGAUCCAGCCUUAAGUGGAGUCCCGAGAUGAAGAAUGUCCGGUGUGUGCAAAAAGCCCUGCCUGUGACAGAGUCAGUGCCUGCAUGUCAGCCCUGGGAGAAACUGCAAAAUUCUAGAUGUGUUUGUAAAAUGCCCUAUGAGUGUGGAUCUUCCUUGGGUGUAUGUACUCGAGAUGAGAAAAGCAAGAGGAUACUGCCUCUGACGGUUUGCAAGAUGCACGUUCUCCACUGUCAGGGUAGAAAUUACACUCUCACUAGAGAGCGCUGUACUCUGCCUGCCUCAGACAAGAAAGCUUGUGGUGUGUGUCCCCUCUGGGGGAAAUGUGAUGCCCAGAGUGGCCAAUGUGUCUGCAGAGAAGCCUCGGAGUGCGAGGAAGAAGGACUUCAAGUGUGUGUAGCAGUGGAUGGCAGAGAACGGACGAUGACAGAGUGUGGAGCUGGCACCCUCAGGUGCCGAGGACAGAGCAUCUCAGUCACCAGCCUCAGGCCCUGUGGCGCCCAAGCCCACUAGGCAACAGGGCGCUGGUAAUAGGCUUUGUGGGAAUCUCCAAGCCUGCUGUGGCUGAGUUAAAGCAUCUGCAUUACCCAUACUUGACUUCUGCAUAGACACGUUCUUUCUCCUUCCCCUCGGGUGCCCACUUCUGCACUCAGCUCCAGUCAUUGUAUAAACACAACCUGUGUUCACCCAAACCCGAAUCCAGGUGGGCUUUUGUCUCCUUUUUAAAAAUCUCAGGAUGAGGAAUAUUCACGAGCCUUUGCAUGAGCUAGCUGUGUGCGCUUGGAAAAAUUGCUAACUUCCCUGGGCCUUGAGUUUUUUGUCUGAAAAUUAAAGAAUUAAACUCAAAUGUGUCUGCAGAGAAGCCUCAGCCCUACGGUAUUAUUAAGUUUGAUUGACCCCAUCUGUGGUCCAGAACACUUUCUACAACUUGAUUAAGAAAACCAAGAUUAGAGAGGUUUCCCUCAGUGCCAUGAAUAAAAGGAAACUUUGAAUGGAAAAAGGCAGAUACAAUUAUUCCAUCCCAAGUAGCAAUCUCUUGCUUCAUCCUGUUGACUCAAGCACCACAUGUUGGGGUCCCUAAUCCUGUAGGAGACUGAAGCACUGAAUGUCAGAGUGAAAUUCAUCACACUAUGGCCACGGGGGUCUCCUUCCUUCUUGUCUGAGAACAAAUACAAUUCAGACGUCCCUUUGGGGCUUUUCUUCUGAAUAUGUCAAACACAAGGCCUCAGUUUGGCACACUCCUCCCCUUUCCUUUUGUAGGACCCAUCAUUCAUGCCUGAGCUAUUUGGUGAUUGUGUAUUUGAGAGAGCAAUUUUCUCUAACAUGGAUACAUGCUUGGAUUGUUCAGGGGGGUAUACAGGUAGAUCAGUUUGAAGCAUUGGCCUUCUGUUUAUUUCUUAUUCAUCUUUCAUCAAAGCAAAAAAGCUGUGGGAGGUGAAAUGAAUGGGCUUAAAUGGAAUUUAAAAUAUGCUUUUAUUACAAACAGUUAUCUGUAUUUUUCUGAUACUGAUAAAUACAUUUCAACAGAACUGUGGUUAAAAUGACAAUGAUUAAGAAACUCAUUAGAGAUA